AUGUGGGCCAUGGUCAAAACUUGGGUAAGUUUCGGCAACGCCGAUUUGAACGUUCCGCCAGAUCCCAACUUCAUCGGACCGCCAUCCUUGAUCUGGGGCGAUGCAGACGUGCUUUGCUCCAUCGAUGCCACGCAGCGCACCUUGACCGCCACCGUCUUGGCCUCCGAGCGGGAGAUCACUGCGAAUCGGGACUACCAGCUGACCAUCUUUGUCAAAAACCCCACGCUGACCAUUCCGCCAGUGGAGGAGUCGCCCACGAACGUCUGGCAGCUGGACACCUUCGACAGUCCAUCCUCUUCUGGGGUGCUUCCGAUCUUCCGAGAUUCCAUCACCUUGAAGGGCUAUCCGGUGUACAACAAAGCCAGACAGUGGGUGGUUCGCAACCAGGAUCCGGUCACCGGGGUGUCCUAUCGCAACGGGUUGUCGGCCAUCCCUGGUCUCUUUAUUCAGUUACAGCUGCCCACCAAAUUGAUCUCCGGAGAUAUCGUUCUCAUCCAAGCGCCGGCCGGGUUCCUCUUCAACGAUG